CCAAUGAGCGGGCUUCGAUGUUCACUCCGCAACUAUACCUCAUAAACCAUUUACUAUACAGUAUACUACUUUAAUACACACAUUCAAACAUUCAAGAUGGCGUCUGAUAAAAACCCGCCUUGGGCUCUCCACUGGCGUUCUAAUACGCUAUUCAUCAUUGCGACUGUCGCGGUUGGGCUUUUCACUGAUUUAUUCUUGUACGGAUUGGUGGUUCCCGUCUUACCCUUCGUGUUACGCGAUAGGUUAUCCAUACCUGAAGAUGAGAUACAGUCUUACGUCUCCAACCUUUUAGCCGCCUACGCAGGCGCUUCCGUCGUCUCCUCCGUUCCGGCCGGGUGGAUCGCGGACCGGACGAGUUCCCGCCAGGCCCCGUUUCUAAGUGGCCUGGCUGCUUUGUUAGCAGCCACCAUUAUGCUAGCGCUGGGACAGAGCAUACCCGUGCUCUUCGUCGCUAGGGUUCUUCAAGGAAUCAGCGCGGCAGUCGUUUGGACCAUCGGCUUUGCCAUGAUCUUGGACACCGUCGGCCCGCAGAAUUUAGGGAAAGUCGUCGGUUCCAUCUUCUCCUUCAUCUCCGUAGGCGAACUAAUGGCGCCGGUCAUCGGCGGUGUGCUGUAUGAGAAGACCGGAUAUUCGGGUGUUUUCGGGGUGGCCGCGGGUGUUUUGGGACUUGAUUUUCUCAUGCGACUCUUGGUAGUGGAGAAGAAGACAGCUACCAGGUACGAUGUCGACCAAGUACCACAUUCUCAGAAUAGACAGCAAGAUUCGCAUGAAGACUAUGGAACAACCCGAGGUGAAGACGUUGAAGACGUUGAAGACGUUGAAGACGCUAAUAAUCGUGAAGAUGCUACCGAGCAUGAUGCCUUGUUGCAUAAUAAGAACCUGAAAGACAACGAGAUAUACAAGAUUCGGCACGAACCUAACCGGAUCGUCCGAGAAUUUCCAAUACUAGUUUGCUUCCGGAGCCCCAGGCUGCUUGUAGGGAUGGCCCUAUCAUUCGUCCAAGCUUCUCUCCUAGCCGUUUUUGAUGCCACGAUCCCGACAGAAGCGCAGAGUCUCUUCGAAUUCACCUCGCUACAGGCAGGACUUCUGUUUAUUGCUCUAGAUGUUCCUUAUCUCAUACUAGGACCCGUAGCUGGGUGGGCGGUAGACCGAUAUGGCACCAAAUUAGCUGCCGUUGUUGGAUUCGGAUACUUAGUUCCCUCCUUUAUUCUGCUCCGACUCCCAUCGGAUAACCUAUUAUCUGGAACAAGUAACGUUAUCCUAUACUGCGCCAUUCUGUCCCUGAAUGGCGUGGGCCUAGCCAUCAUAGGUUCGCCUGGUGUGGUUGAGGCCAGCGACGUUGUUGAGAAAUUCAAUCUGGCCAACCCGGGCUUCUUUGGUGCUAACGGCCCAUACGCUCAGCUGUAUGGCUUCAAUUCACUAUUCUUCUCCGCAGGGCUUACUAUUGGUCCUAUUGUGGCAGGAGCUCUUCGUGACGGGAUCGGAUAUGGCAAUAUGAAUCUUGUAUUUGCUGUUAUAUCAGCUGUUACCGCUGUUCUGUCCUUCUUUGUUAUUGGCGGGAAGCCUCGCUGGAAUCGUAUCUGUCAACUCUCGGGAUAAGACAAUGAAACAAUAAUGUUUUUACUAUUUUUGAGAUUCAAAAAUUAAAUCCAUUUAGUUUCAAAUACAAGCCCCCUCAAUAGCACUUUAUUUCCACUACACUGAGAUGCCACGGGGAGCGAAAUGGAUAAGAUAUUUUAACUGAUAAUAUCCUUACUAUAAAAAUAGAGUCAUGGGCAAACCAAAUAUCGAACGAGAGCUGUGAUUAUCUAUCUGAGAUACCAGUCCUGAACUUUAAGUAGUCGUCUUAAGUAUAUUUAAAAUCAUAUACUAGAAUGAUAGCGAAGGAGAUGAUAAAUCCGAUAGGAUCCAACAGAAAUUUGGGGUAUCAAUCCAUCAGGACGCAAGUAUCCAGACUGCCCCGGCCCUUUCAAAAAAGAAAAAAGAAAAAAGUCUCUGCUCUUGUCUAAUCAGCGAAGCGGCAGGCCAAUAAAGCUCCAAAGAAACUUUAUACUUGCAACCACGCAAAAGAGGAUAUGCGAAAGACUAUUAUUAAUUCCCCCGUCUUGCGAUUCC